AUGUAGAAUAACAAUUAUAUUUAUGAGUUUGUAAAGUACAUAGCAUAAAUUCUCACUUUAUUUGUUUAUGCAAUGUUCAAAUUUUGUAUCUUAUAAAAUAUUUACGUCAUACUGAUCGAUUGAAGAUAUGUUAGAAAACUUAUUCACAUACGUGAUACUUAUACUGUUAUAAUUUGAGUUAUUGCAGUCAUAUAAGUAACGCUAAAUUCUUACUUGACAAUCAGUAUUAUUAUUGACUUUUUCAGUAUUUGUUUUUAAGUCUACGUAUUACAAAAAUUUGUGCUGACUAUAGUGAUGCAAAAUGCCUCCAAAACAGGAAAAGGAAUCAUUAAUGUUAAUAAUAAAUAUUGGAGUAACAAGUCCUGGUAAAUCAAAUGACUCUUCUUUAUUGGAAAAAGCAAAAGAUAUUGCUAAAAGAAAAAUUGAGAAAAUGAUAUUUUUACGACCUAAAGAUGAGGUUGCAAUAAUAGUGAUGGGUUCUUCCAAUACAAAAAACAGUUUAAAUGCAGAACAUAUAGAAGAAUUCGCAGACUUCCAAGUACCAAAUUGGGAUUUGAUAAGAAAACUUGUAAACUUGAAAGGUACAAAUUAUUGCUCCAAUUGGGUUGAAGCACUUCAAGCUGCAGUGGAAUUCAUGAAAGAAAAUAUUUGUGAUGCUUCUAUGAAGAGAAUUAUUUUAAUAUCUGACUUUAAUGAAGAAGAAGAUAUUAUUUCACAGUUUGAAGCAGAUGAAAUUGGAGAACAAUUUCUUUCAGAAAGGAUUGAGUUGAUUACAAUAGGAGAGGAGUCACUGGAUGAGAGGUCUGAAAGUUCUCUUAAAAUUAGUGAACAGCUUCUUAAGGAUCUUCAUAAAAAGAUAAGUGGUCAACACAUAACAUUUGAUGAUGCUAUAUCAAGCUUGAGAUUUUAUACAGAAAUGCCAAAAAAACCCUCUCCUACUUAUUUUACUCUGGAAUUAGUUGAUAAGAAAAUACCAGUUGUUAGUUAUGUUAAAGUAGACACUGGUAAAUUGCCGUCAUGGCGGAGGGCCAAAGAUGAUCAGAAAGUUGAAACAAAAACACAAUAUGUGGAUAGACAGAGAACUACUUAUACAAAGGAUGAGAUUGUACCAGGAUAUAAAUAUGGAGGAACUUUUUUUCCAGUUGAAAAGGAACAGGAAGAGAAGAUGAGUUACAAAAGUGGACCGAAAAGUUAUAAGAUCCAUUGCUUUACAAAUAGAGAUAAUAUUAAUUUGGAGUAUUUGUAUGGCAAUAAUACGCAUAUUAUUUUACCUUCUAACAAAGUCAAAGAGACAACGAAAACGUUUUACAGCUUGGUACAAGCGAUGCAUAAAACAAAUUCGGUUGCUAUUGUAAGAAAAGUUUAUAGAGAGAAUUUGGCACCUAAAAUGGUAGUAUUAUUUCCUUGCAUCGACAUUCCUGAUGAACCAUGGUGUUUGGUAGAAAUUAUUUUAACGUUUGCGGAGGAUCGAAGAGUUAUGGAAACGAGACCCAUUAAAUCUGUGGUUAAACAAUUGUCUAGUGAACAAAAUGAAGCUAUAGAUAAUUUAAUAGAUUCUCUGAUGUUAUCUGACACAGGAGAUAGUUGUGAACUGGAUGAAAGACAAUACUUUCUACCGGGAUGCGUACCAGAUCCUGCUGUACAGCAUAGAUGGCACAUGUUAUCAUAUCGUGCUGUGAAUCCAAAUAAACCAUUACCGUCAAUGGAGAAUUAUUUAAAAGAAAUUUUAGAAGCUCCAUUGGUGAAAGAAAAAAGUAAAGUUCAUUUAAAAAAAAUUGCUGAAUUAUUCCAGUUACAGAACACAGAUUCCAAAACAAACGAUAAGAAAGAAAAGGAAGAUGGUCAGGAAAGUGAUAAUAUCAAUACUAAAAUAGAACCUAAAAUGGAAGACAAGAUUGCUGCCGAAAACGAUUCGUAUAAGAAAUUAUUUUCCCCUAUGGAUACCUCAGAUGUUGAUUUCGAUGAACUGGCUGCAAACAUAUAGUUGCCAUAAGAUGUUUGAAAUUCUUUUUUUAAUAAAAGAAAAGAACUAUAUUUUAUAUAAUAAUAUAAUUUACUUAUUUUGUAUUAUUUAUACAAGGGAAUUGUACAAACAUUAAAAUAAAGUAUUACAACCUUCUUUUGUACCUUAAUCAGAAGAAAGUCCUCGGAAUAAAGCCCACUAUUAACCGAUGACACUAUCCAAUCUGAAUAUGGGAAGGACGAGGUCGCCUGCCCACAUAACACCUACUCCAUUCAUCUUCAGACUAUCCAAAAUUCUAACUAUACAAGAACAAAUUAACAUCACUAAUUAAGUUGAAUAAAAUCACAGGAUUUAGAAGAUAAAGGGUCUGCGGGGAAGACGAGAAUUCGCCUGCAAUCUCAGUCAACCAAGAGACGCCGUCUCGCGUGGAUCAACAGGUGUUGUCGUUACCU